ACUUGUAUCCAACUACCAUAGAAUCCUCUUUGUUCACCACAGAACUCUUGCUGUUCUCACUUGAUAUCCUCAUUGUUAAUCAGUGAUUUGUAUCAUUUUGCUUUUAUCUAUCUUCAUAAGGGCUGAGGAGGGUGAAAAAGCUGUGAGAAGUCAGAGUCAUAUUCAAGACAUUGAUGAGGGAGUGGAGGCCAUGCUGGCUAUCACAGCUGCAGCUAACAAAUCUUCUCUUGCAGAUUUCAGAAAGACCCGUGAGCAGUACAGUGAGCAUCUGGCGGGGGACAUGGUGGUUGCCGGUGUUCUGGAUGAUUUGUAUACCACCAUGAUGGAGAAAAACCUUCUUAACAUUAUCUUACCUUAUGAACGAUUACAGAUUCGUCACAUUGCGGAUCGUAUUGGCCUUCCCAGAAAAGAAGUCGAGAGACGACUUUCACAGAUGAUUCUAGAUAAACGCAUCAAUGCUCAGCUAGAUCACCGUGACAAUUGCCUUUACGUAUAUGCCUCUGAAGACUCUGAUGCUGUGUAUCAGACUGGAAUUGACACACUUUCUCAGCUGGAUAAAACAGUGUCGCACCUUAAUCGUAAAGUUAAGAAACUGUUGUAAUGAAAGCCAUGCCUAGGAAUAUGUCUCAUUAAGAGUGGACAGCAACUAGCGUACUAAUAUAAAAUUUUGUAUAUGGUCUGGAAGCGCAAUAUAUUUCUUAAGAUUUGAAAGUAAAGUGAAUUUAUUACAUGUAAUAAGUAAUAUUAAAAGUUAUUUUAUAGCGAACAUGAUAGGUUAAAACAUGAAUGAAAAACUUUUCAUACACAUUUCUUGUCGAUACCUGAUGUGUGUGUGUGUUAGAGAGAUGUAUGCUACAUUAUUAAUAAAGAGGAUUACAUGUACUGUAUAUAUAAUGUGAGUGAUCUUUUUACAGGAGUAUUAUAUGGAGUGACAUCUUUCUCCAUUUUACAAACUUGGUAGCUAUGGAGAGGAGAGGCAUUGAUGUAUAGCUGGUUUAAUACUUAUACAUGCACAUUCAUAGAUGCAUGUGCUACAUAAUGAACACAUGCAUGUGCACAAACAUUCAUACACAAGAAAUAUUAUACAGUAAUAUAUAUUUAUACAUGUAUAAAAAAUGUUAAAUAUUUGAUGUAAGAAGCACAAACAUGUAACUUAUUAAGAAAGAAAGAAGUAGUGUAAUGUAAGUUUCAUCAUUUGUAACCCAGGUUUUAUUUAUAGUAAAGUGGAUGUAAUAUUUGAUUACUUGUAUAAUGAGAAUCCGGGCUUAUACUCUAAGGAAACACGUUGCAAGAAUAGUCGUUAUAAGAGUGUACAGAUAGUGGUAAGUCAACGCUGAAAAGUUUACUUUACCUUGGAAGGUAAAGUCUAACUCAGGUUUAUUUAAGGUGAUGCUGUUCUCAAUUACCUCAUUGACUACAAGUUACAGUAUAUGGGUGUUAUUGUGUGUGGAGAAUUUUCUUAUGUGCUGAAGAUUUUUCACCAGAUUUAAGUACUUUCAGGUGACAAAUUAAAAACAGUAUAGAUAUUCUUCAAUGAGGAAUUUUCCAUGCCAUCGGCAGUAACUGGGCCAAUACCUCUUGCCAUAAUUUUAGGCAGCACACUUUUGCACACUCUUAUCCAUUUUCAUGUAAAACUUUGGUAUAAACUCUGUAUGCUGUUCUUCCUUUGACCUCUGCAUAGAUACUGUAGCAUGCCUUACAGAAAAAUAAGAAUUCAUUCUGUCUUUUUGUGACCUCUGCAGAACCUGAGCAUCUGGUUAACUUUGCCACACCUUUCUUACUACCUCAUUCUUGGCCUCUUCUAAAGGUUUGAGAGAAUUGUAUGUAGUACAUCAUCUAACAGCCAAAACCCUAUCUGGCUAAGAUGUAUAAUGGCUUUUUAAGUGUAUUUUGACAGUUCUGACAUCUUGAACCUGGAUAGUUUGACAUUGUGCAAUACAGAGCAUUUUCCAAACCCUAUAAUAUCCAUCAGAUAGUAAUCACUGGAAACUCAAUAACAAGCAUGAAAUGUAAAAGCUAUUAUUAUACCACUUACUGGAGAUGAUGUAGAAUGCCUGUACAAAUAAAUUUGUUAUAGGUACCUGCUAAAGCUUCUGGGGCUGUGGGAAGACAGUAGGUCACAGGCUAUGCUGCUGACGGAAAGCAUGAACGGAAAUUGUUUCUGAAUUCUUUCUGUCAAAAGCCUUGUAGCUAAGCAGUAAAGCUUGGCCUGCACCCUACUACUGAGUAUGGUGUACAGAUAAUUGAGGAGUUUGUUCAGAUAAGUCAAGAAUAAUAAUUUGCAAGUUGCAUAAGGUAAAAAAAUUUUCCCUCAGUAGUUGUUGAACACGUUUUCUGGCAAGGGUUUGUAUCCCAGUACGUAUUGUGUGUGAUAGUUGUAUAAACACUAUGCCCAAUAAUUUUCUUUAUAUUCAUGCUGAUGAAUAGAUUGUGAAGAGUAUGUGUUACCUCAGCAUUUACCCUUUCAGGGUCCGUCCCAUAGAUCUACUGCUUCACGUUCAGGGUCCAACCAAUAGAUCUAUGCCAAAAUUCUAGCGGCGUCAAAUUUAGUGCAAAAAGGCGGUAGGCCUGCAUGUGAGAGAACGGAUCUGCGUGGUGUGUGUCGCGCCAUAAACAAAAAUUCUAGGCACCCGCAUAGCAUUGUGGGAAUGCCGGCUCAGUUACCUUUGUUCACCAUGCCUCGUCACAAGGCAGCUCUCACUCCAAGGAAAAUUGGGACUCUCCUCUUCCUAUCUGAUAGUUCUGACUCUGAUGGAAGUGGAAAUGAAGACGAAUUCUUAGGCUUUGAUCAGUUAGUGACUGAAAAAAUGACCAGGAUAUCGAUAAUAGUGCAGAAAACCUUGACGAUCCUCAACCUUCUACCUCUGGUGUGGGCACUCCUCAGUCACGGUCAGUUGUACCUCAUCGCAAGAGAAAACUAUUACUUUCGCGUGGCCAGGCCUCUGACUUCAGUAAUGAUGAUGAUAGUGACGUGGAUUGUGAUUUUAUUGCUCUUGACGAUCAUCAUUCGAGUAGUGAUAGUGAGGAAACAUUCACCAGUGAAGCGUCGGUAUAUACACCUCCGCAUGCGCUCGGGUAGUGUUCCCUAUGCAGUGCCCAGGGGACGGAGUACAUACCGGAGUACAUCCCGUGGCCCUACACCAGGAAUAGACAGUGAAAGUGAGGACGAUGUGGCUACACUUGGCAUGGAUAGACCACAGGCAGUGGUAGGUGGUGGUAGUGGUGAUGGUAGUGCCACGGCCAUGCAUGACUCGCCAGCCCAGGCUGGGACCCACACUGCUGACUCCUCAGUUCAAGGACAAAGUGGAGCAUCAGCCACCAGCCCACCACAACCACGACUACCCACACAACCAGCCUAUGAUGUCCAGUAUCCACCAGCAAACCGUAUCUGGGAUUGGCAGCAAAAUCCCAAUUUUGUUCCCAAGCCCCACCACUCUCAAAGUGGAAUUUUACCUACUUGUCCCCUUGGAAGCACGGCCAAUCAACUGGAAUUCUUUGAACUAUUCUUUGACCAGCCCUUGAUGGAAACUAUUAUCAGGGAAAGUAACAAGUAUUUUAAGUACACCAUGGCAAAUACGAUCAUAUCACCACAGUCAAGACUACACUGGUGGAAAGAGACGACUGUUGCAGAAAUGUAUUUGCUUUUUGCAACAAUAAUGCUUGUGCCUCAUGUCUAUAAGCAUAAUAUAAAAGCAUACUGGUCCACAGAUCGGCUAAUUUCUACCCCUGUCUUCAGUGAAGUCAUCCCAGUGAACAGGUUUAUCUUACUGUUACGUAUGUUGCACUUCUCUGACAAAACCAGGCCUGACAGAAGUGACAGGUUAUACAAGAUUAGAAAUGUUUUUAUGUAUCUCAAACAAAAGUUCAGCAUGUACUUUUAUCCAUUCAAGAAUCUUGUAAUUGACAAGUCUUUGAUUUUGUUCAAAGGUAGACUGUCGUUCAAGCAGUAUAUACCGAGCAAGAGGAAACGCUUUGGUAUAAUACUGUUUGUACUCUGUGAUUGUGACAGUGGCCUGGUGUUGGAUAUUGUUGUAUACACAGGAUGUAAAACAUUGAAAGAUACCAGGAUGUUAUUGGGUAUCUCAGGUGACGUAGUGAGAAGCAUGAUGGCACCUUAUCUUGGUAAGGGGCAUACAUUAUAUACCGAUAACUGGUACACAAGCCCUUUGCUCAGUAAUUUCUUGCGAGUGAACAAGACAGAUGUGUGUGGCACAGUGCGUUCUAAUUGUAAAUAUAUGCCCAGGUUCAACGCAGGUGCUCGUGGUGAUGAGGUGCAGGUGUUUACUUCCAAUGACAUCAUGGCAUUAUGGUGGCAUGACAAACGAGAUGUCACAUUGUUGACAACCAUUCACUAUAACGAAAUGCAAGACAGUGGCAAAGUUGAUAGAAUAACUAUUAAACAUAUUCGAAAACCAGCGACAGUGAUUGAUUAUACACAAAACAUGCGCUUAGUUGACAAAUGGGAUAUGCAGAUUGGCUUUGUUGAUUAUGUUCGUAAGAGUUACAAGUGGUACAUGAAACUUUUCUUCCAUCUCAUGGACAUUUCAAUGCUCAAUGCAUAUAAUAUGUACCAGAUGAAGACUGGCAACAGACCACCAUAUGGUGAAUUUUGUUUGUCUGUUGUCAGACAACUCAUAAUGAAGUACCAGGUAACAACACCUGCUAUACAACAAGGUCCUCGAACUUCUCAGAAUAUACCCAAGCGUUUGAGGAGGGAAGGUGAUCAUUUCAUAAUACAGCUUCCUGCAACUAAGAAGAAAUUUGCUCAGAAGAGAUGCAUUGUCUGUGCACAAACAAAGCGACGGUAACAAAGACGCAAAGACACUCAGUUUAUGUACGAGGAAUGUAAGGUACCUCUGUGCAUGGUGCCUUGUUUCAAGGAGUUCCACAAGCUCCAGCAGUUCUAAAAACAUGUCCAGUGAUUGUAAAUAUGUAAAUAUAUGAUAGAACAUUAGUAUUAUACAAGAUUUGUGCAUGUUUAUUGUAAUAAACAAAACUGGUAAACAAUAAUAUGAUAAUAACUUUAGUGCAAUUAUUGUGUUCAAUACAGUGAGUUUAUAUAUAUACAUUAUAUACAGUAUUGGUCUGUCAGGCCUCAAAUGUUAGUAGGAAGAGAAAAAAAUUAGAAAAGAAAAGAAAAAACUACAAAAAAACAUAAAGUAAUGCGUGUAUGUGGAAAUCGUCGAUGUUGCCGCCACCCGGUUAUUUUGUGUCAACUUCUCGGCACUGUAUCUCGGUAAGUACUGGUCAGAAUUUUUUUUUUUUAUUACCUUCACAAAAAUAUACUCUUUAACCCUUUGACUGUUGCAGGCCCCUUUCUGAAACUGUCAUUCUAUGUCGCAAAAUAUUCGAAAAAAAAUAUUUUUUUUUCUUAUGAAAAUAUUAGGAUUAUUUUACUGAGUGUUUUAAGCCUAAAAAAAAUUUUUUACCAUCAGUACUUACCGAGAUAUAGAGGCACAAAGUUGGCAGAGAGUGAGGUGCGUACGGCAACAGCGGCGACUGCUGCCCACCUGGUAUUCUUUUUUUUUUUUUUUUUUUUUUUCAACAAGUCGGCCGUCUCCCACCGAGGCAGGGUGACCCAAUAAAAGAAAGAAAAUCCCCAAAAAGAAAAUACUUUCAUCAUCAUUCAACACUUUCACCACACUCGCACAUUAUCACUGUUUUUGCAGAGGUGCUCAGAAAUACAACAGUCUAGAAGCAUACACAUAUAAAGAUACACAACAUAUCCCUCCAAACUGCCAAUAUCCCAAACCCCUCCUUUAAAGUGCAGGCAUUGUACUUCCCAUUUCCAGGACUCAAGUCCGACUAUA